AUGGAUCUAAUUAAGAUACGGCUCUGUGCAAAAGCUGCUAACUUUGCCUACAUUGCCAGCAACCCCGAUAGGAGAGCUGAAAGCAACCAACUGCGGGAAUCGAAUCAUACCAAGACCUUGCCCGAUUAUCUUUCGAGUUCUCCGGGUCUACAAGGCCAAACAGUCGUAAGCUUUGAUGAGUUUACCACUCGUUCCCACAUGCACCGAUUCGAAGAUCAGCACAGAUAUUUCAAAUCUUAUGCAUAUCUGUUACAUCUCAGGAAAGAUCGUGACGUCGAUACAAUUGUAGUGGGCUUCAGGGGGACAUUCAAUCAUUCAAACUCAAAUGGCAAGAAUUUCAUCGAUGAUGCUGCAAGUACCACGCCAAGUGGGCAAUCUUUCAAAUCACGGUGUAUCAAUUGGGCUCUAGACACACUCGCUCCAUCGAAUCAUGGGCUGUCCGACUUCUACUACGACGCUACAGUGAUACGAGUUCCAUACCGACAAGGAUCUGUCUGGAAAUGGUACUCCUUUUGGGGUAUGUUGAUGCUUGAAAAGACCAAAUGGGUGUGGCCUCGUCGUGUCGGCGCAGAUUUGGUAUCAAAGCCUUCUGGGGAGUCGAUCACCGCUAGGAAUGAUGGCCACGUACAUCUUGGCUUCUGGGCCUUGUGGGCAUCGCCCGAAGGCUUCGCGGGUUUUGACGAUCGCGCAAACCCGCCGACGACGCCUUCCAGCACUGGCCUCCUUGGCCGGUGUCAGCAGGCAAUCACGAACGCACAGAAGGAGAACAGGAGGACAGAAAUCCUUGUGGUUGGACAUUCUCUUGGAGGUGCAGUAUCCUGCUUCGCCGCUCUUGAUAUCGCAACAGCGAUCGCAGGCCAGUCAAACGUGUCCCUCUACCAUGCCACAUUUGGGGCACCUCCUGUUGGAACGGCCGAGUUUGGACGAUACUUUAAGCGGAAGCUUCGUUCUCACCAGUCCAUAGCAGUUUUCCAUAAAAAGGACGUCAUUCCCCAAGUCUUUGCAUAUUGCCAAUCGAAUUGGCGUCUGAGAUGGUUAGGCUGGUGGCAAGACUGGAGUCGAGUUGGGGACCAAAGACAAAUGUCAAAGUUGUCAACCCGUAAUGGACAGCCAGCAACCGGCACUCGAAUGACAUGCAUGGAUAAGUUCAAAUGGGCCGUGGUCGGUACCAUCACCGUGUCCAGCCUCCUGCUUGCGAAUCUAGGCUGCGUGUUUGGCGGCAUUUACAUGUACUUGCGCAGCCAGACCACUUACAAAGAUAAGGAAAACCCUACUCUCAACUUGACACGCCCAAGAAGGGAGGAAGACCGCUUGUCCAAAGCGGAUGUCAAGGAAAUCGGAUUAGAGUACCACAUCAUGGAGAGAUACAUUGAGCUCCUAGAGGAUUCUCACCCUUUUGAUGAUCUAGGCGUCGACGAGCCUGCCGCAUAG